CUUGAUAGGAGUUUAAUUUUCCAUCAAUGAGUGCAUCACUGGCUACAACACAAGACUUAACAUUUUCAAUCCAUUGACUUUAUACCAGGUAAAAGACUGAAAUACCGUUUCAAACCCUAGGAUCUCAUUAGCAGAAAUAUCUUCGAUCUCGCAUAUUCUGCUCUGGGCUCUCUAAGGAAAAGUAUGGCUAAUCAUGUUCUUGCACCUCGCAUCAAGAAGUUGCUGUAUAGUAAUGAUAGAGCCAUAAAUGAAUUGUUGCUUGUGGAUAGACUACAGUGGCAGAGAAAGACGCGCAUAUAUUUAGAUGGUCUCGUGAAUUACUUGAAAAGGUUGAUGUUAGGGUAUGAAAAUGAGGAAGUAGAAGGCCUGGUUAAUAAAAUGGAAGUGUUGUCUGGAGAAAUUGAUUUUCAUCUAUGUGCAGGACGGAUGAAUGGGAUGUUAGAGAUUAUUGAAGAACUCUGUAUCAUCAGAUUUGGAUCGAGUGUAGAAGAGGAAAUUGUUGUGGGGUUCGAUGACGAUGUAGAAACACUACUUGAUCAACUUACUCAAGUUUCAAUAAAACGAUUCCAGGUUAUAUCUGUCGUAGGAAUGGCUGGGCUUGGUAAGACGACUUUGGCUAGAAAAGUGUAUAGAGAUCCCCUAAUUGAAUAUCACUUUGACAUUCGAGCAUGGACUUGCAUUUCUCAAAUAUAUGUGAAGAGGGAUUUGUUACUUGGCAUGUUAAGCUCUUUUAUUUAUGAUCUUACAGAGGAGAUGUAUAAAAUGAGCGAUGAACAGCUGGGGGAAAAGCUAUACAGGCUUUUCAAGGGUCGUAGAUAUUUGGUUGUCUUGGAUGAUGUAUGGGAUUGCAUGGCGUGGAAUGAUCUCCAAAUUUAUUUUCCAGACGACAAAGUGGGAAGCAGAGUUGUAUUUACCAGCCGUGACAUCGACGUGAGUUCACAUGUUGGGGCAGCCAGACCUGCUCAUGUUUUGCGUCUUCGUACAACAGAUGAAAGCUGGGACAUAUUUCAGAUGAAGGUAUUUAGAUCCGGAAUAUGCCCUUCUUAUUUGGAGCCAACUGGAAGGGAGAUAGUAAAAAAAUGCGGGGGUUUGCCUCUUGCCAUUGUUAUAGCUUCAGGUCUUGUGAAAAAUCAAUCGUCAUAUAGGUGGAGGGAAGUUGCUCUUAGUUUGCGUUCAUUUAUGGUUCAUGAUCCAAGCCAAUACAUGGGCACGCUAGCUUUAAGCUACAACCAUCUGCCUCCUCACCUAAGAUGGUGUUUUCUGUUUGUUGGUGUAUUUCCCGAGGACUAUGAGAUUCCUGUGACAAAGUUGAUCUGGCUUUGGAUUGCUCAAGGAUUCGUACAUGAUCAAGGUGGAAGCAGAAUCUUGGAGGAUGUUGCAAAGGAUUUCAUGAUGGAUUUAAUCAAGAGAAGUCUGCUAAUGAUUGCCAAAAAAAGGGCUGAUGGCCAAAUUAAAGCAUGCCGCAUCCAUGACUUGUUGCGGGACUUGUGCUUGAGAAAAGCCGAGGAAGAAACUUUUUCUUCAGAGGUUUACAGGUAUGCUCUUGUUCUGGAAGAUCCAACUUCACCCACCACCAGAAAACAUGAAAUGCGAUUAAAUCUUCCUGCAAAAACAAUCCACUCUGGUUUGAGUUAUCCAUUUGAGUUGGGCAAAGUUCUCCACGAGAGUGGAUUGGUUUUUAGUGAAACAUACAAAUCCCUUAGAAUUCUAGAUGUUGAAUCUAUCCGAAUCUCCUUAUUUCCUUCUGAUGUGGUUCAGCUUGUUAGUCUGAGAUACCUGGCCAUCCAAGCUCACGACGGAAGUCCUCAAGCAUCAAUAUCCAACCUUGUCAACCUACAAAUGCUGAUAAUAUCUUCAAGGAAGAAUGUUGUAGUACCAAAAACCAUAUGGAAUAUGGUAAAUCUAAGGCACCUAUAUAUCAAAUCAGGGGAAAAUCUUAUCGAGGAACCUUGUUUAGUACAAGCAACGGAGAAUGAUGAUGAUGGUGGCAGUAGGCUAAUUAGCCUCCAAACCUUAUCCCAAGUAAGCCCUCACUCUUGCCACAAUAUAUUUUCAAGGACUCCCAAUCUUCGGAAGCUUGUGUUUUGUGGACCCUUAAUUUCAAGCCAAGGUGAUUUGGAAUUUCCAAAUACAAACUCUUUGCAGAACCUAAAAGAACUCAAGUUAUUAAACACGGUUACCUACCCUGAACCAACACGUUCUUGCAAUCCUAUUAUGUUCCCUGAAAUGCUCAAGAAACUUACUUUGUCAAACAUCGGCAUGGAUUGGGAAGAGAUGUGGACCUUCUCUUUGCUACCACACCUGGAGAUUUUAAAAUUAAAAUUUAACGCAUGCAUCGGAGGAAGGUGGGAGGCAAGCGAUGCAGAGUUUGUGCGACUCAAGGUAUUGAAACUGCAAGGGUUAGAGCUAAGGGAAUGGGUAUGUUGGAGGGAUACCUUCCCAGUUCUACAACGUUUAGUGCUUCAUCAUUGCUUAAAACUCAAGAGUAUCCCUCUGGAUGUAGGGAGGAUUUUGACGCUGGAGAUUAUUGAGAUAAGAGGGUGUAGCAUCUCCGCUAAUUCCUCUGCAUUAAAAAUCAAAGAAGAGCAAGAGAGUGAAGGGAACUUCUUCUUGAAUGUCCAUGCAACCAAAACAUGUUUCAGGAAACCGCUAAAUGAGCUCAGGAAAUUUUGACAUUCCUAGGGUGAAGAUACAACUCGACUGGUUUGGGUUUCCAAAUGACUAAUCCUGCUUGUGACAUAUUCUGUGGAUGCUAUAUACGAACUAAAUAAGAUUUUAAAUUAAUGAUUGUCAAAAUGCGCAUGAUUGAUUGUCAUCAGGUAUGUAUUUAUGUUAAAUUAUUAGCAAAUUUUGUUUUUUUUUUAUUUUUUAUUUGUGAAUUAGGAUGGCAUAUAUGGUGAAUCUUUUUCUGUAGCCUGCUUUUACGUAUCAUAUAUACCAAGUAAUAAUGCGAUUUUUAAU